AUGUCCGAUCAAUUGAAAAUAGCAAAAAGACCAAAAGAACCCGCAAAAAAUGGUAGAAUUGUUCGAGUCAAAGUCAAUUAUUUAGAAGCUAAAUUCAAUUUCCCUUCUGUCAAAUCUUACUCUUUCGAUAUCGACGAUGCAAAAAGAAAACCUUUGAAAAGAGAGAAACGUGAUGAAGUGAUGGCAGCAUUUUUAAAGUCAAAAUCUCCCGAAAUCACUGCUGCGCAUUACGGUAGCUCAUUGUACUCUUAUAAAGAUAUUCUUAUCGGUGCCAAAACUACGAAUUACAGAUUUGACCAUAAAGAUUGUUUGGGUGCUAUACAAAAUUAUACCGUGAAAAUUAAAUUUUCCUCAGAAAUAAAUCUUGAUACUGCGAAAAAAUUUAUUAAAGGGAACUCAAAUUUGUCUUGGGAGGAUAUACAAGAAAAUUUAAACGUUUUCAAUUCUUAUCUAAACACCAAAGUACAUACUAUGCUUCCCCAUUUAAGCAGUAAAUCCAAAGCAAUUUUUCCAAAACGUCAAGAAAGAACCUUUUUGCCUGGUGGAUCUGAAAUUCUUUAUGGUUAUAUGCAGUCUAUUCGUUUAGGAUGGGAAAAUUUAUACGUCAAUAUCGACGUUUGUAAUACCCUUGUCAUUCCUGAGGGAAACUUACUUAACCUUCUUCCCGUAUUCCUAAAUCGUGAAAAUUUCGACAGCAAAAAUUUAUUUGAAAAUGAAAUCGAUUAUUUAACAAGACGUUUAAAAGGUUAUAAGUUUUACACAACUUAUAGCCCAAGGAGUAGGACCAUCACUAAGAUAUCUUUAGAAUCUGCCAAUAACCUAAAAUUUGAACGAGAUGGUGAAAUGAUUAGUGUUAGUGAAUAUUAUAAAGAAACUGGAACCCCCUUGAGAUAUCCCACGCUUCCUUGUGUUGUGGUGAUAAAGAAACAAGGGAGAAAUGAGAGAGAAAUGCAUUUUCCUAUUGAAGUUUGUUUGCUAAAAUUUGGACAAAAAAUUCCGCAAUCUAGUAUAACAGCUUCAAUGCAGGGAGAAAUGAUAAAUAAAACCUCAAUUAGCCCCGUUAACCGAUUUAAACAUCUUGGAUUUGCGAUGAAAAAACACUAUAACCAUAAUAAUGAUGAAUACCUUAAAUCCAUUGGAUUGAAAGUAGCUGAUAAAUUUGUGGAACUAGACU